GUAGAACAACUUCUGAUGUUUAUCACUGGCAUAGGUGGGCCAGGAAAAAGCCAUGUGAUACACGCUAUUGUUGAGAUGUUCUGGAGGUGUGGGGCACCUGAGAAACUAACUUUGAGUGCGCCCACAGGCAGUGCAGCUGUGUUGAUUGAUGGUUAUAUGAUACAUGCAUUGACAUUUUUGCCAAAAUGUCACUUACCUGUGAAUCAAACUGAUUUGGAAUCUAUUUGGCGAGCAAUUGAGUACCUUGUUCUUGACGAAGCAUCCCUUAUGUCUGCAGAAUUGUUAAGUCAAGUAUCUGAGUGA